UCACAGCGGUGUAACUUGCAAGCGUAUAUUAAACCAAAACAUCUGAGCUCUUUAGAUUUUUUUUUGUAUAUUAACUUUAGCGAUUUUGAACUCACUGUCUGCAUAUUUACUUGUUACUCCAUUUCAUGUCAUAUUUACGUUGUUAGUUAGUACUGGUUAAGAUAGCCUUGAACUAGGCUAUUCGCUAAUGCUAACCAGCUAACGUUAGCUACAUCCCCGAACAUGACGAGCUACUCCUCCCCUGCUAAUGAAGAUGUCUGCUGGAUGGAGAAAGAUGCUCUGGGUCUGAACAUUGUCGUGAAAGAAGAAGAUAACAAUAUUACAGCGAAAGGAGAGGAAGGGGUAAUUACUAUCACAGUGAAAGAAGAGGAAAAAGUGGCUUUCGGAAUAAAAGAGGAGGAAGACUAUGUUACAGUGAAAGGAGAGGAUGUAGCUUUUGGAGUGAAAGAGGUGGAGGAUGUUGUAGUGAAAAAAGAUGAUGCCGUUUUUGGAGUGAAAGAGGAGGAGAUAACCGUCACAGUGAUAGGAGUGGAAGAAGCUUUCAGGGUGAAAGAGGAGGAGGAUGUUUCAGUGAAGGAAGAAGAGGACGUUUUUGGAAUGAAAGGGGAGAUUGAGGGAUUAAAGGAAGAGGGGAAGACUGUCACAGUUAAAGAAGAGGAUGAAGAAAAAGAGGAGACUAAAUAUCUGAUUAACUCCAGACAGAGACCAGACUCUUGCUCUGACAGCGGGAAGAAUCCUUCAGGGGAACCAGAACAAGAGAAGCCCAAACCAGCAAGACCACAUCACUGCUCCCACUGCGGAAAGGGUUUUAGGUGGUUAGGGAAGCUGAAAGACCAUGAAAGAAUCCACACUGGAGAGAAGCCUUACCAUUGCUCUCAGUGUGAGAAAAGUUUUAUCCGGUUAUGGGACCGGAAUAUGCAUGAGAGGACACACACAGGAGUGAAGCCUUACCAAUGCUCAAAAUGUGUAAAACGUUUUGCUCAGUUGAGGGGCCUGAAAAUGCAUGAAAGGAUACAUACAGGGGAGAAGCCUUAUCACUGCUCCCAGUGCGAAAAUAGAUUUUUUUCAUCAGCGGGCCUGAAAAAACACGAGUGGACACACACAGGAACAAAACCUUACCUCUGCUCCCAGUGUGGAAAAGAUUUUAUCCACGCAGGUCAACUGAAAGAUCAUGAGAAAAUACACACAGGAGAAAAGCCGUACCACUGCUCUCAAUGUGGAAAGAGAUUCAUCAAUGUAUGGAACCUGAAAAAGCAUGCAAUCAUACAUACAGGAGAGAAGCCCUACCACUGCUCCCAGUGUGAAAAGAGUUAUACCCAAUCAGGGGACCUUAAAUCACAUGAGAGGACACACACAGGAGAAAGGCCAUACCACUGUUCCCAGUGUGGUAAGAGCUUUACCCGAUUAAGGCAACUCAAAGAACACAAGAAUAAACACACAGGGGAGAAGCCACACCACUGCGUUCAAUGUGGAAAGACUUUUACCCGAUUAGGGCAACUGAAAGAACAUAAAAUGAUACAUACAGGAGACAAGCCUUUCCAAUGCUCCCAGUGUGGAAAAAGUUUCAUCCAGUUAAAGACUCUGAAAAAUCAUGAGAGAACACACACCGGAGAGAAGCCUUACCACUGCUCCCAGUGUGGAAAGAGUUUUACUAAAUUAGGGAACCUGAAAGUACAUAAGAGAAUACACACAGGAGAGAAGCCAUUCCAAUGCUCUCAGUGUGGAAAGAGUUUCAUCCAGUUAGGGGACCUGAAAAGGCAUAAAAUAAUACACAAAAGAUAAUGCUUACCUCUUCUCCGAGUGUUGAAAUUGAUAUUUCACAUCACACAGACUUAAAAUCAAUCAAAGAACAAAUCCAGAUGGAGCACGUGAUGCCGCGGAGCUGAGCAGAUGUUGACAAACCGAGCUCUUCAAAGUUAUUCUAUUUUUAUCUAAAUAACAACGUUGAAACAAUAAUCUAACAUCGGCUGAUAAAUUGUCAAGUACCUUUCCAAAGAGCCAUGGACCUCCGACCGAGAGGCAAGAAGGACAACCAAAACGUUGUUGAUUCCCAAGAUAACGAUAACGCUACAGCUAGCAAGAUUAGCAUUAGCCCUCAUAACUCAGACGGCAGUUCCAGACUGUUGCUCUCAGCAGCCUCUUGCGAGCCUGCCGACAUGCUGGCUACUCUCCUCCGGGAAAUUCAGGAUGGUAACAAAGGUCUUUCUAUGAAAAUUGAUAAGGAAUCGGCUGAACUCCAUUCUUCCAUUGACGACCUGAAAUCCUCCAUGAAUGAUCUCCUUUUGAGAACGACUGAGGCAGAGUUGCGCAUUAGCACAGUUGAAGAUACCAUCGCUAGACAUGACCAGGUCUUGACACAACUGCAAAAGGACAGUUGCGAGGGCCGUGACCCGGUCCGUUUCUUCACUCAAUGGAUCCCGGAGGUCCUAGGCAUAAUCAACUUCACCAAGCCGCUGGAAAUCGAACGCGCCCACAGAACAUCAGCGCCGAAACCCCGGCCAGAUGAGCCUCCACAAGCCGUCCUGAUCAGGUUCCUCCGUUUCCAAGACCGAGAAAAGAUACUGCAACUCGCAAGAGCCAAAGGGGACAUCACCAUCGAUGAAAAGAGGGUCAGCCUUUUCCCGGAUAUGAGCGCGGAUCUCGCCAGACGUCGCAAGCAGUUUAGACCGCCGCCAAAGCACUGAAGGAGAAGAAUAUCACCGGCUACCUCAUCCACCCUGCGCGGAUGAAAGUUCAGUACAAAGGCCGAAGCCAUCUCUUCAACACACCGGGAGAAGUGCACACUUUUCUCAAAGAACUGAACAACGUGUGAGCCAGGACGGUCUCUCUGGGGGAUAAGAUGCAACGUCUGAGCCAGGACAGUCUCUCUGGGGGAUAAAAUGCAGUCUGUUUGUUUUCUCUUAUCCAGACUGAACUGCUGAUAUCCUCCUGUCACCAUAACUGAUUUGUACAUUUUCAACUAACCGUAUCUUUCAGGGGUGAGUUUUAUUACAUUUACAGGAGAGUAUAUUUUGUUUUAGUCUAUAUCCACUGGGCGAAGCAAAUAAGUGGGCUUAGGCCCACUGCUUUCCCCCUUAUUUAUGUUAAUCUUUCGAAAAGAGACUCAAGCAGCCCUUACCGUGGGCAGUAAAUAUUCAGCCAUAAAUAUCUAUUCACAACGUUUGUUUUCAACUUAGAGAGCUCGCAGGUUUUAGUUUACGCCAAGGUUUAGCUAGUAAGAGCAAGAUGGAAAGCGAGCAGCAACGUAUCUCUACAAGUGUAUUCAUGUUUGAUUGUUGGGGUUUUUAUUAUUUAUUAUUUUAUUUUUCUUCCUUUUUUCUAUGUUUAUUGUUUCCUUCCUAAAGAGACACAUAGGUCACUUCUGUGUUCAAACCAAAGUUGAAACAUUUCCUAAUUAUCUACAUAUGAUAGAUUUCCAUUCAAUUACAUAUUUGAAACCCAACCUAUGCUUAAUCCACUAAAAUAUGUCAGAUUCAACGUAAAAGGUCUUAACAGCCCGAUUUAAAAGGAAAAGAGUCUAUACAUACCUUAAGAAAUUAAAGGCUGACAUUGUGUUUUUACAAGAAACAUAUCUUACAGUCAGUGAACACAAGAAAUUGAAGAGGGAAUGGGUAGGACAAGUUUUUGCUUCCUCUUUUAACUCCAAAGCAAGAUGAACUGCAAUUUUGAUAAGUAAACACACAUCCCCUUCUGCGUCAACAACACCAUCUCUGAUCCCUCUGGCAGGUUUGUUUUGGUGCAGGGGCAUAUGUUUUCAGAGGCUUGGACCCUAUUGAAUAUUUAUGCUCCUAAAACUUCGAUGACCAUAUGUUUAUUCAGAAUGUCUUCCUUCAGGUCGUUCAAGCACCACCAGGAUGGCUACUGGUUGGAGGAGAUUUUAAUUUUUGUUUAGAUACAGUUCUUGAUAGGUCCUUUGAUAAACCCUCACUUCUUACCAAAGCCGGCAAGCUCACCAUGUCAUUCAUGAAAAAUCUCAAUUUACUAGACAUCUGGAGACAGUUGCACCCACAGGAUAGGGACUACUCUUUUGAUUCACACCCACACAAGACACACACACGUAUAGAUAACUUUUUACUUUCGACACAACUGUUUCAUAGAGUGUUAGAUGUCGAGUAUCUCCCCAGAUUGCUUAGUGACCAUUCUCCUCUAGUAUUAUCAAUCUCCAUUCCUACCAAGGUAAAUGGAGCAUAUAGAUGGAGACUAAAUUCUACACUCCUAAAGCAACCUGAAUUUUGUGCAUUCAUCAAAGAGCAGAUCAAUAUUUUUACUUUGACAAACAAACCCUCCGCUCCUGACAGUUUCAUUCUUUGGGACACAUUGAAGGCCUAUCUGAGGGGACAGAUCAUUUCCUAUACUAAAGGGCUGAAGUGAAAACACAGUGCGGAACUGAGUGCCCUUGAAUCUGAAAUCUCCGAGCUAGAGAAAACCUACCAAAGAGGCCCGACUAAAGAUCUAUACAGGCUUUUGGUAAAUAAAAAACUUAAAUAUAAUAUUCUGAACACAUAUCAAGCUGAGAGGGCCAUCACUAAAUCAAAACAGCGUUAUUACGAGCUUGGAGAGAAAUCUCACAAAGUAUUGGCAUGGCAACUGAAAGCAGAGGAAAGUAAGAGGACAAAUAAUGCUAUAGAAACUCUUACAAAUGAGAUCUUUUGACCCUACUGAAAUUAAUAAUACUUUUAAGAAAUACUAUGAAGACCGCUACACUUCCCAAUCAAGCGAUGAUCUAUCAGAGAUCGACUCCUUUCUCUCCUCUCUCAACCUCCCAUGCCUGUCAGGGGAAGACAGCGAGCGCCUGAGUGAACACUUCAAAGUUCCUGAAUUGUUGGAGGCCAUUAAAUCCUUACCUUCUAAUAAAUCUCCUGGGGAGGAUGGCUUCCCUCCAGAGUUCUAUAAAGAAUUUAGGGAGCUGUUGGUCCCCUACCUUAUGGAGGUACUUAAAAAAGCCAGGGAAGACAACUGCUUUCCAGAGUCUUUCUCUCAAGCAGUGAUUACUGUAAUCCACAAGAAAAACCCGCUAAAGUGUGCCUCCUAUAGACCAAUCUCUCUCCUUAACACAGAUUGUAAACUGGUCACCAAGAUGCUAUCUAAGAGACUGGAGUCAUGUCUUCCCCUGUUGGUCAAUCCAGAUCAAACUGGCUUCAUAAUUAAUAGAUUGUCCUCCAAUAAUCUCAGAAGGUUCUUUGAUAUAAUUCACCUUGCUAACAAAAACAAAAUACCUAGUGUCGCAGUCUCCCUCGACGCUGAAAAGGCCUUUGAUAGGGUUGAAUGGCCAUACCUCUUUCGCGUCUUGGAAAAGUUCGGUUUACGUAACGUGUUUGUAAAUUUGAUAAAAUCACUCUACAAAUCUCCUAAAGCUAGAUAAAAGCAAAAUCUUACCGUUGUCUGUCUUUGACCAUCAUACCAUCAAGCACAAGUUUCCUUUUAGAUGGUUGCCUAUGGGCUUUACAUAUUUGGGCAUAAUGGUGGAUGGUAAUCUGAACAACCUCUAUAAACUCAAUCUGGCCAGUUUGUUGCAAAAGGUGGAGGGUGACCUUUGUAAAUUAAUGGAUUUACCUCUCACUCUACUGGGUAGAAUCAAUGUAAUUAAAAUGAAUGUUCUGCCCAGAUUUCUAUAUCUGUUUCAAUCUCUCCCUAUCCCUGUUCCCGCAGCAUUCUUUUCUUCUCUCGACAAGCUGACCUGACGGUUUAUCUGGCACGGCAAAACCCCUAGGGUUGGCCUGGAUAAACUGACCCUUGAUUACAGUCAAGGGGGCUUAAACCUCCCCAGUUUUAGAAUGUACUACUGGGCUGCACAGUCUAGGUUUCUGGCUCAGAGGUUUGACAGUGGUCCCUCUCCCUCAUGGUUGAACAUUGAAAAGCUUGAGGUAAAUGAUGACACUGGGGCAGAAUUGUUUUACAAAUGGGACAGAACAUCUAUAAAAACCAUCACAGACAACCCUUUAAUCAUACAUUCUGUCCUGGCAUGGUGCAAACUGCAUGAGCUGUUCAGGCGAGGGGGAUUCCUUUCCCCUAAAACCCCUUUAUGGAACAAUAGAUUGAUUCCUAUGUUUUUCCAGAAUAGUAACUUUAGACUAUGGUCUGAUAAGGGGAUCACUCAUCUGGAACAUUGUUACGAGGAGGGAGUUCUUAUGUCUUUUGAUCAGCUGAAACAGAAAUACCACUUGCCUAACAGGGACUUCUUUAGCUACCUACAACUAUGAAACUUUAUUAGGGUGACUCUCAAGGGACAAUGGAACCUACCUAAGAUGUCACCUAUUGAACAACUCUGCCACGCAGACCAACCACUGUUCAAGACCAUUUCCCGUGUUUACAAUGUUCUUAUGUCAGGACUAACACUGCCUGGGCUAGAUAAACCCUGACUUAGAUGGGAAAAAGAUCUGGGUAUUGAUCUUGAUGAGGGUCUAUGGAGUGACCUAUGCAGGGAUGGUGUUACAUCCACAUUGAACUCCAGAUACAGAUGGAUCCAGUUUAAUUUCCUCCAUCAUCUCUAUAUCACUCCAUCUAGACUGUUUCCUCAUGGAAUGCAAUGUAAUCGGGCAUAAUCAGCGUCCAAAAAUGCAGAUUACCGAUUGUUAUGAAAACUUGAUCGCCCCUAAUUAAUCGGCCGUGCUGAUUAAUUGGUCGUCCUCUAAAUGAUAGCUUUGAGGUUCGUAAGGAUAGCGUAGCCAACAAAUUGUCAUCCAACAUAACGUGUAGCGUAACUUAUUCGAAAGUCAUUACUUUAAUACAUUGCUCAACAUUUUCUUAACAUUUGUCAGAAUUAGUUAAAACAAUUCAUUUGUAUCCGCUCUCGUCGGACUUUGGCUGGUUGUGAAGCCACGCCCCUUUCCUGAAGUAUUGUGUUAUGGGCCCGGAAAGUAUGGAAAUAGUGUCCACUAUGUGUAUAAU